CAGUCAGUGUGAGUUUUUCGGGUGUGUGUGUGUGUGUGUGUGUGUGUACGUCGAGAGACAGAGAGAGAGAGGGGGGCGAGAAAGAGAUAACCGGGGCUAAACAUGGAUAGAAAAUUAGGCGGUAGUUGUAAACUAGUCCUGAUCUUGAAUUGAAGAACCAUCAGCUCCUUGCUGGCCAUUAACACGGGAUUAUUAUGCCCAGCGCCAACGUGUCCGUGCGAAGUUUGUCUGAAGUGGAGAAAUACCUCAGCAGCCGGAUGGAUCGGAGCACUGAGGGCAGUUUUCUGGGCAUCCCUGUGUCAAUGCGGCGGGGUUCUUCAGAGAACAAUCUGGAUCUGGACCUCAGCGAUGGAAGUCCUGGUCCUGCUCUUGGUUUUGAGGUCCAACGUAGUCGUUCUUGCUUGGACAACCUCCAGCAGAAGAUACUGAAAGUCACAGAACAGCUGAAAAUUGAGCAAACGGCACGAGAUGAGAAUGUAGCUGAGUAUUUGAAGCUGAUGAACAGUGCAGACAAGCAGCAGGUGGGGCGCAUUAAGCAGGUGUUUGAGAAGAAGAACCAGAAAUCGGCUCAAAACAUUGCUCAGAUGCAAAAGAAGCUGGAGCAGUAUCAUCGAAAGAUGAAAGACAGUGAAAUCCAUCACGGCACAUCCUCUCACCCUUCCACUGUCAAACACAGCACCCUACCAAGGGAGUCACCGAGAGAACUGCUGAGGGAUAUGACUGGCAGUGGCCGGCACCCGACCAUGGACAAGAUCAAGACCAUCGGACCGGGUGUUUCUCUCUCCCCUCCUUUCUUCUUCAGCAAGCCCAGAGAGUUUGCCAACCUCAUCAGGAACAAGUUUGGUAGCGCUGACAACAUUGCUCAUCUCAAGACUACUCUCGACGCUUCAUCUCCAUUGCCCACUGACAGUGCAGGAAAGGGGCUGAGUAGCAGCACCUCUAUGGUAGGCAAGCCCAAGUAUCCCAGUGAUGACGAGUGCUCCUCAGGGAGUGCUUCUAUUUCAGCAGAAAGUAAUGGGAACCCAUCGGGGGGAGGAGUGUCAGCGGGGCAGACGCAAAGUCAGGGCAACAGCCAGGGGCAGUCAGCAGGGGGAGAUGAUCAGAGCAGACUGGCCCUGAGCCUGGAGGAGGUGAGGGAGAUCAAAGAUGCCCAGAGCCAGUUGGAGGAGGAUAUAGAGGAGCUAAAGGCUCAGUUCAAGAGAGAGUAUGGCAUCAUCAGCCAAACACUGCAGGAGGAGCGAUACAGGUAUGAGCGUUUGGAAGACCAACUGAACGACCUGACUGAGCUUCACCAGCAUGAAAUGGCUGAUUUGAAGCAAGAACUGGCCAGCAUUGAGGAGAGGGUGGCCUACCAGGCACAUGAAAGAGCCAGGGAUAUACAGGAAGCCCUUGAGUCGUGUCAGACUCGAGUGUCCAAGCUGGAGCUUCAGCAGCAGCAGCAGCAGCAGACAGUACAGCUUGAGAGCCAUGAUGCCCGAGUCUUGCUGGGGAAGAGCAUCAACAUCAUGCUGGCCAUUAUCACCGUCAUCCUGGUGUGUGUCUCCACUGCUGCCAAGUUUGCCGCUCCGCUGAUGAGGAGCCGAUACCAUGUGGUAGCUACCUUUCUGGGGAUUUGUUUUUUGACCAUAUUCUGGAAGAACUGGGACCGUUUACAGCACGCCAUAGACAGGAUGCUGGUGCUUGCCUGAUAAAGAGUAAAGAGAAGAUAUUGAAAACGACAUGGACGCUGUCAGUUGUCAGGACAGGACUGUCUAAGAUGAUUGGUUGUACAAUCGUCAGAAGACACGAUCGCCAUGCAUUUACAGAAGUCACUGUUUUUUAAAAGUCAGACUGAAAUGAAAUUUUGGUGAUUUUCUUGUGUAGAACUUGAAUGUGUGUAACUAAUGAUUUCAUUUAACCUUUAAAAUAAUAUUUAUAUAACAGUAAAUCUUGUUACUUCCCCAGUGAUUAUUCAGAAAUCAUCACAGAGCAUGGGACUCACUCUUUACCACGCUUUCCAGGGAAAUAAUCCACAGAUGAGGUAAAACUGAGACAUUUUUCUCAUUUUGCUUCAGCUCAACUUUAAUAUCUAUCAAACUUUUGCAGGCAUGCACAUGUAGACACAGAGAUAACCUCAAGCUUGGUAUCUCGUUGGCCACAGUUAUGAAAUGAUAAGAAGAAUUAGCUGGACAUUUUGGAAAAUUUGCUUAUUUGCGUUCUUGCUGAGAGUUAUAUGAGAACAUCGAUACCACUGUUAGUUCUGUAUAGUAAAUAAUAAGAUACAACCAGCUGCCUUUUAGCUGAGCUUAGCAUUAAACCAUAACAUAUUGUGAAUGAUGUUUAGGUGCUGGUAGGUGGACUUGGUUAUCUUCAGACUGAGCCAGGCUAGCUGUUUCCUCCUGUUUCCAGUCUUUGGGCUAAGCUAAGCUAACAGGCUUCUGGUGUUAGCUCCAUAUUUACUGUAAAGACAUGAGAGUGGUAUCAAUUUUCAAACCUAACUUCAGAAAAAAGAUGAAUAAGCAUUUAUCUUAAAAUGUUGCAAUUUAAUGAGGAACCUAUAAAGCACAGAUGAAAUGCACAUCCUGUGUUUUUUGAUGUUUAGUGUCUUUUUUUUCCUUUUCAUUGACUUGUCUGCCCUGUGUGGUCAGUCAUCUCUUAAAGUUCUUCUGUAUACUGUUCCUGUUUUUUAAAGUGCAAUAUAUAUGAUUUUUAAGAGCGUCGUUUUUGAAAUGAUUCUUUUAGGAGUGAGUGUAUUACGUCAGUGAUGUACAGUGACAGGGUGUUGGUGCUGGGAGGGAGGGGUAAGUGUCAGUAAUGUUGGCAUGAGAGAUCCAUAAUCACCGAGGCCGCUGCUGGGCUCUGAUAAGACCAGCUGUCUCGUCUCUCAAGGGCCAAAAAUCAAUUCAACUACAUCACUGCGCUGGUAGCGUGGUAAUAUCAACACAUGCUAGCUCACCAGUGCAGUCACACAUGCGCACACACCCAAACACACAAAAACAGAGUCAGACGCUCUGCUCUCUGUAUUUACGUGUCUUAUGGAUUUUGUCCAGUUUGAUGUUUGUCUUUUACUAAUAAUGUGAUUGAGAGACGAUGGGUUAUACUGUGAUACAAAGCAUUAUUCUGAGGAAAAAUGCUAUUCCCCGUUUUUUUGUUUUUUUUAAACAAAUAAGCAACAAACAGCCUUCAGUACUCCAGUGAUGGCAGAGGAGUACGUUACGGGCUCUAAGUGAUUAACUAUGAGCCUAUUUUAUGGACUGACUAAUGUGUUAUUUCAUGUUUGUCUUAUGAACAUUGCCUAUGAGGAUAUCACAUGAAGCCACGGACCACUUUUUAAUGUUUGUCUGCCAUUGUAACAUAUUUGUGUUGAUGUUUGAUGUUGUUUCUCUGUUGUUCUACUGAUCAUCUACAAAAUGUAUCAUUUUGUUUUUUUGUUCCUGUUUUGACAUAUUUGAGGAAGUUUUACCUGCAGAACUAUAGAUCUGGUUUACAUUCUGUUUUCAUCUCCAGUGCACUGUGUGAUCAAUCCGUUGUAUUUUCAUGGAUUACGUGCCUUUGUCUGACAAUUUCUGUUAAAUUAAACAAACCUUUUUAAUCAA